CUUACACUACUUACUAACAAGUUCACGAUAUGGGCGAAGACGGCGAGGAUGUCAAACCCAAGCUUAACAUUGUAGUUGAUUUUGAGGGACAAAGCUGUACCAUUCUCGUGAAGCAUAACACGCCUUUCAAAAAGAUUUUCGACGCCGCCGAGAAACGUUUUGGGAAGGAACCAGGGACGUUUAAGUUCACUUAUGAGGGUAAACGUAUCCAGGCCACCGAGACGCCAUUAGAUCACGAAAUGCAGGAUGGGGAAGUGAUAGAUGCUCAUCUUCAGCAGCUCGGAGGAUCACUGUAAAAUAUCAUAUAAUAAGGAGUAAUUUUAUCU